AUGACCCUAUUACAAAUAUUGCUGGCCGUACUGAUACCAUCUUUAUACCUUACUCAUGAGACGUCAACGCAGCAUCCGCUGGUCACUCCGCACAAUUCCUCUGAAAUUGUGCUCAGCUGUGGCCCGGCUGAGAACUUUAUUCAGACCCACAUGGCCCCGGAUUUUGAAUCACCACAAUUGGUGCGACGUCUCGACUGGUUUCACGACGACGCGCUCGUCGCCAGUUAUCAGCAGGGGAAAUCUGAAAUGUGUUUUCUUGUGGGUGUCCAAAGCAAAGUCGCCGUCGUUGUUUACUGGAAAGCGUUCCUGAGUCAUGCUCAACAGAUCACAACAAAUGUGAACGAGUAUAUUCUCGGCUUUCACCAUAUCAUCGCAAGCAAGAAUGUUGUGCUCGUCAUCACAGCUCUGUCUCAAAAAUGUGCCGUCAAAGAAAGUCGGGGACUUGUGAAGAUGCAUCUACCCUUUUUGAGCACGUAUUCCUUCAUUGUCAAAGACGCAGCAUGGAAGCCGUCAACGUCUCAGACGAUCGCAGCUGAAAUGCCGCCUGACCAUGCCAAACAGGCCCGGGCUGCACUUAGAUGGCCAAAAACUUUGUGCAUUGGAAAUUGGCUAAUUUCGAGCACAGGAACGCUAGAAACCCAAGUGUUUCUUGUUGAGGCUAUUCCACGAAUCGAUAAGAAGGUUUUAAAGAGGGCUAUAGGAUUUCAUCGUCCUAAAAAAGCACAACUCUCAAUCCUUUCCCGUAGCACGAACCCCUGCCCAAAUUUGUACAACGAGCAAACACUAAUUGGCACUCGAAAACAUCUGUCCGGAUGCAAUGCGAAACGCUACGGAAGCGCGGUGUUGCGAGAUGAAAGAGCACGUCGACCCGGCGAAACAAACGAGACGGCCACCCUCCAGGAGGCUGCCCUUCGGGCCAUGAGGAAUGGCAGUAUCUAA